AUGGUUGAUGGAUUAAAGCAAAAUGACUUUUUCCCUUUAAGGAAAAGUAUAAAUAAGGACAUUCCUUUUUUCAUUAAUUAUGAUAUAUUAUUAAAGAACUGUAAGCAUGACAAAAAUUAUCUUGACCUUAACUUGGAAAUUAAUUAUAACUUGGAAGAAAUUAUGGAAAAUAAGGAAAACCUUAUGAGAUGUUUACAUAGGAAGAAUCUUAUGGAGGAUGAGAAAAGAUAUCAGAUGGAAAUACCUCAUGAUAAUAUGAAAAACAAAAAAUACUAUUACGAUAAUAAUAUAUAUCAGAAUAAAAAUGAUGAAUAUGAUAAUUAUAAUAAUAAUAAUAAUAAUAAUAAUAUAUAUGAACAAAGGGAUGAUAUAUAUGAUCGUAAUAAUUAUUGUAAUAAUUUUAAAAAAGGUUUUAUAAAUAUAUUAGAACAUAAGAAAAAUAAGGGAAAAAAUAGUUAUGCUGAUAUAUCAUAUUCUGACCAUGAAUCAUCAAACUCAGAUAAUAAUUAUUACUCAGGUAGUUCGGUAUAUUCCUAUCCAAAGGAUGAUAACAAAUCUUUUAACUUUUCUCAGAGAAUUACAUAUGAUACUAAUUUAUUGGAUAAAAUUAAUAUAUAUGAUAAUAUAACAAAUUAUAUAUAUAAUAAUAAUAAUGAGAAUAAUAAUGAGAAUAAUGAGAAUAAUUGUUAUUAUGAAAAUAUGGAUAAACAAAAUAAAGAUUGUCAUAAUCAUAAAAAUGAUAUUCCAUAUAUAAAUCAUAGGAAUUAUGUUCAUAACCAAAAUAAAUAUAUACAUGAUAAAUAUAAAAGAACAUAUAUCAAACAAUUCAUUAAUCAUACGGAUGAAGAUAAUAUAACUAACAAAAAAUCUCAUACUUCCCUUAUUCAAAAUCUGAAACAUAAUAAUCAUGAAAAGGAAAAAAGAGAACAUGCCAACUUUUCUGAAUAUAAUCAGCAUAACGUGGAAAAGGAUUAUAGACGUAAUUUGACUGAUAGGUCUAUUAUUUUAAAUAAGCAUAUGGAGAAAAACGACUCCCCUUCAAUAAAUCUUGAAUACUUAAAAAGCAGUAAUCCAUCAAAUUGUAAAAAUAUGGAAAAAGAUAUUUUAAACAAAUAUGAAAAGAUAAUGAAAAUUAUGAAAUAUUUAAGGAAGGUAAAAAGUAAAUAUCCUGAAAUAGAAUCUACUGUCUCUAUUUUAUCAAACCAUAUAAAAAAUGUUACUUUUAAUUGUGAAAAAAUGUUUGAGUCAAGAUAUAUGUUGAAUGAGUUUUUGAAAAAGCUUUAUAUCUAUCAAAUAUAUAUUUUAAAAAAAAUCGUUUUUAACAAAUCUGAUAUUCUAAAAAAUGACGAUACUUUAGAGCAUUAUAAUAAGCAUUUUCAUACAAAUAAAAUGAGAUUUAUUUCAAAUGAUAGGAUAAACAAUAGUAAUGAUGCAACAAUUUUUGAAAAUAUAAAAGAAAAUUCCUCCUAUUCUAUGAGAAAAUUAAAUGAGCAAAAGGAAAAUAUGUUUAGUCAUAAGAGAUACAAUCAAAGACAUAAAUCCAAAGAAUAUACAAAAGAUAACAAAUACAAUGACGUGGGUGUAAAUAAGGAGAAUUACCAAUAUACCAGUGAAUAUAUAGGAAUGCGGAAUAAAAAUGAUAUAAAAAAUAAAUAUAUUAAUCAUCAUAAUAAUAAUGUCAUUCCUUAUGAUAACAAAUGUAUGCAUAUUUGGAAUGAUGAUAUCGAUAAGGAGUCUGGAUAUUCGAAUCAAUUGAAGAAUAAAUAUAAAGAGAAUUAUAUAAACAAUAUAUCGAAUUUUGAGGACAUAAAUAAACAUGAAAAUAAAAAUAAUUUAGAGGACAUUCAUCAUAUAAAUAAAAACACUUCUAAGGAGAAGAAAGAAAUUUUUAUAGAUACAAUUGAGGAAAAUCUAUCAUAUAAGAAGUUAUUAAUAUCUGAAAAUAUAGAAACAAAUAAUAAUAAUUGUCAUCAUCAUAAAAGAGAUAAAUCAUUUUCUAAAAACAAUUUGAAUGAUAAUUAUACUUUUAAAGAUAAAUCAUUUCUGAAUAAGGUUGAUAAUGUAGAAAAUAAAAAGGCUUUUAAAAAUGAACCACUCAAAAAUGACAAAAUCUUUUAUGAUCAUAUAAAAAAGAAGGAUUACUUGAAUGUUAUAGAUGAGAAAAAAAAAGAAGAAAAAAAUCCUCUUUUAGAACAUGAAUUAAAUUUAAAGGCCCUCAAUUUAGAAAGUAAAGAUGUAGCAUUAAAAACAAAUAUAAUCAAAGAAGAGAUGCAUAAAACUUCAUAUGUUAAUAAGAAUGGGAAUAAAAAAACACAUGUGUUAUACAAUGACUUAAAUAAAGAAUUGAGUGCUAUUUCUAAUAGAGACUCUGUUAUACAUGCAUUGAAAUAUACACUAUUAAAUAAACCUCAAAAUUUUACUACCCUACAAAAUUUUCUAUUUAAAAUUGAUGUAGAAUUUGUUGAGUACAAGAAUUUUGUUCUUUUAAUAACGAAGAGUGUGAGGAAGUUACAUUUAGAAGCAUUGUAUGGAUUAAAUGAUUUUUCCAUAUUUGAAAAGGUUUAUGGGAAAAAGGUUGCGCCUCGAUUUUUGAUAUCAAAGAAAGUAAAAAUGUUCUAUAAGUAUGAUAAAUUUUAUCAAAAAUUUAGAGAACUUGUAAAUGUAAGGGAAUUCAGUGGUAUUACUGAUGCGGUAGAACUGAUUUAA